GCGCAGCGCGUCUUUACCUUCCGCUCGUCCUCCGGGCGUCCUCAGCCACUUGCCGAGCCGGGCACGGACUUCGGUGUCGCCGCCCUCCGUGCCCCGUACGUGCGCGGGAGAUUGACGGUACUGCCCCUCAGGUGCUGUGGAGGCGUCUCAGGGCUCGUUCCUUGGCCGGAGAAGAAUGGUAACAUGAACAGCUAAGCGUGAGAGCGUCACGGGGGGAAGCGGACGAGGUGGAUGGGCAGGGCGCUCACUUCGCCGAGCCUCUCAUUCCAAGCCCCGCGCGGGUCAGCGAGCGACGAGGCAGCGCCUCAGCUUCCUGGCCGGACGCCGCUGACAUCUGUCUCCUUCUUCCCGCCGGGCGCCGGGGUCGCUGCGCCGCUGCCCGCCAAGGAGCGUGGAGACAGCGCGUGAAGACCCGGGAGUGUGCGGACCUCCAUCCAGACGGGAGGUCUGCCCCGUUCCGUGUCCCUGGAUCCCCGCGGAGCCCCCCAGCACGCUGGCGCCGGAGGGAGUUGAACUUGAGUUCAGAUGGCCAACUCCCUCUGAAUCCUGCAGACUGGUGCUGGGCACGUCACAAAAGUUUGUAGCUUCUCCUCAGUUUCUGGGGCUGCGCAGGGGAGACGAAAGGACUUUUGCACUGAACACAAGACACGGGGGGACAUCUCCUUUAAGUUUUCUCCUCUGUUACCAUUGGCAAUGAAGAGGAAACAGAAGAGAUUUCUGCAGAUGACUUUGUUAUUCAUGGUGGCUUUAAUUUUCCUGCCCAAUAUUGGACUCUGGUCUCUAUACAAGGAUAAGCACCUGGUGAAAUCUACAGAGCCUGGGGAGCAGCAGACAUUUCCACUGGGCCUGGGAGAUGGGCAAUUCUAUUCAUGGACAGAUGGUUUGAGAAGAAAGGACUGGCAUGACUAUGAAAGCAUUCAGAAAGAGGCUAUGCGUUCAGGGAAAGGUGAACAUGGGAAACCUUACCCCCUCACUGAAGAGGACCAUGAUGACUCAGCUUAUAAAGAAAAUGGUUUCAAUAUUUUCGUCAGCAACAAUAUUGCUCUAGAGAGAUCUCUGCCAGAUAUUCGCCACGCUAACUGUAAGCACAAGAUGUACUUGGAAAGACUGCCAAACACCAGCAUCAUCAUCCCAUUUCAUAAUGAAGGUUGGACUUCACUCCUGCGGACUAUACACAGUAUAAUUAACCGAACUCCAGAGAGCCUGAUAGCAGAAAUCAUUCUAGUAGAUGACUUCAGUGACAGAGAUCACUUGAAAGAUAAGUUAGAAGAAUACAUGGCCAGAUUUUCCAAAGUGAGAAUUGUUCGCACCAAGAAAAGAGAAGGACUAAUUCGGACCCGACUCUUGGGGGCAUCGAUGGCAGGAGGAGAGGUCCUGACGUUCCUGGACUCCCACUGUGAGGUCAAUGUGAACUGGCUGCCUCCACUCCUUAACCAAAUUGCACUAAACCACAAAACCAUCGUGUGUCCCAUGAUCGAUGUCAUUGACCACAAUCACUUUGGGUAUGAGGCACAAGCUGGGGAUGCCAUGCGAGGAGCCUUCGACUGGGAAAUGUACUACAAAAGAAUCCCCAUCCCUCCAGAGCUCCAGAGGGCAGAUCCCAGCGACCCUUUUGAGUCUCCUGUUAUGGCUGGAGGUCUCUUUUCUGUGGAUCGAAAAUGGUUUUGGGAGUUAGGUGGCUAUGAUCCAGGUUUAGAAAUCUGGGGCGGAGAACAGUAUGAAAUCUCUUUUAAGGUUUGGAUGUGUGGAGGAGAAAUGUUUGAUGUCCCAUGUUCUAGAGUUGGUCAUAUCUACAGGAAGUAUGUACCUUACAAAGUUCCAUCCGGGACCAGCCUGGCAAGAAACCUUAAACGGGUGGCUGAGACCUGGAUGGAUGAAUUUGCAGAGUACAUUUACCAACGGCGGCCUGAAUACAGGCACCUCUCCACCGGGGACAUCUCCGCCCAGAAGGAAUUGCGCAAGCAGCUCAAGUGCAAGGACUUCAAAUGGUUCAUGGCUGCAGUGGCCUGGGAUGUGCCUAAGUAUUACCCUCCAGUGGAGCCCCCACCUGCUGCCUGGGGGGAGAUUCGAAAUGUGGCAGCAAACCUCUGUGUGGACAGCAAGCAUGGAGCCACAGGAACUGAGCUAAGGCUGGACAUCUGUGUCAAGGAUGGCUCUGAAAGGACAUGGUCUCAUGAACAGCUCUUCACGUUUGGAUGGAGAGAAGAUAUUCGACCUGGUGAGCCACUGCACACUCGUAAAUUCUGCUUUGAUGCGAUCUCACACAGCAGCCCAGUCACUCUCUAUGACUGUCAUGGCAUGAAGGGGAACCAGCUCUGGGGAUACCGUAAGGACAGGACAUUAUUCCAUCCUGUGAGCAACAGCUGUGUGGAUUGCAACCCUGCAGAGAAGAAGAUUUUCAUGGCCAGAUGUGACCCUUUAUCUGAGACUCAGCAGUGGAUUUUUGAACACAUUAAUAUGACUGUUUUAGAAAAAUUUAGCUACCACGUCAGCUCCUAG